CUUUGAAUAUUUUCAGUGGGAGGGGUUUGGCAACACUGCUCGUCACGUAGUUUACGUCACAGCAAAGGAGGUCUGAAGACGCGUGGGCAUGCGCACUAGCAGUCCUUACGAAUUUGUGACACGGAGGAUAACAGCCGAGAUGAGGGCGCUGUGUUUUAUUGCUGUGCUUGCCGUGCUGGGGGUGGUGGCAGGAGAGGAGGGGGCUCGAAUCUUGGCCUCCAAGUCCCUGCUGAACCGCUACGCGGUGGAAGGGAGGGACCUCACCCUUCAGUACAACAUCUACAACGUUGGGACCAACGCCGCCCUGGAGGUGGAGCUGUCCGACGACUCCUUCCCGCCGGAGGACUUCGGAAUCGUGUCCGGAAUGCUCCACGUCAAGUGGGACAGGAUCGCGCCCGCCAGCAACGUCUCUCACACGGUGGUGCUGCGCCCCCUGAAGGCCGGAUACUUCAACUUCACCUCCGCCAGCGUCAGCUACCUGGCCCAGGAGGGUGGGCCGGUCGUGGUGGGCUACACCAGCGCCCCGGGGCAGGGGGGCAUCCUGGCGCAGAGAGAGUUCGACAGACGCUUCUCCCCACACUACCUGGACUGGGCAGCGUUCGGGGUGAUGACCCUCCCCUCCAUCGGGAUCCCCCUGCUCCUGUGGUACUCCAGCAAGAGGAAGUACGACUCGCCCAAGAGCAAGAAGAACUGAGCGCUGCAUGCUGGGAAGGACAUGGGGCCGGCCGGGGGGUGUGGGCGGGACGUUCCUCAUGAGCACAGGAACGGUGGCAGGGCCAGGGGUUUGGGGGUUUUGACAGUAUUUGGGAUUAAAUGAAUUGCCCAUAUUGCGGUAAAUGAAUGGACGUUGGCUGUUAUGUGGGGGCGGGGGUGAUUCCCUGACGCUUUCCAGGGGUUGAUUUACGGGAU